AUGCCACGAUCACGACAUACUAAUAUCAAUCAGAUAGGUGGCGGAGCUGGACGAUGGAAUGGCGAAGGUCGCGUGUAUCUUAUGCGUCAGAAGGCAAGACGAAAGGGGAAUUAUAAAAUUGGUUGCUCUGACGAUCCAACAAAACGUUUAAGAGAAAUACAAAAAACCGAAAGAAACAAAAAUAUCAAGCUACUUAGAUCUGUGAAAGCGAAUAAGAUGCGUGAUGCUGAAACAGCAGCCCAAGAAGCAGUGAAGAAACUUGGUCUGAAGAAAGAUAGUUCGCGAGGAAGAGCUACAGAUUGGUUCGAGGGUUCAUCAAGACACUCGCAGGAAGAAAUUGAAACGGUCAUACGUAAUGCCGUCUAUAGAAACAACCGUCAAAAUAAAUAA